AUGAAAUAAACAUUGAAUUUCUAAAAUACAAGAUCUUUUGAAGAGAGAAAAAAUGAAUCUGAUAAUUGCAAAUAAUUAUAUCCUAAUGAUGUACUUGUAGUUGUAGAGUAAUCAAGCAAAAGUAAAUUGCCAAAAUAAAAUUUUAUAAAGUAAUCGAAUAUUAAUUUUUAAAUAGAUUUAAAAUGUCAAACAAUAUGUCAAUUAUGAAUGUAUUACAAUUUAUUAAAACUAAAAUAAAACUUUCAUAAUAUGAUUCUAUUAAUUUGUACUGUGGCAAAACUUUAUUGAGAGUAGGUAUAAAGAAUUAUAAUUUAAAAGAUUAAAGCUUGAAAGAAUUGUAUUAAUAAUUCAAAGACUAAGAUGGUUUUCUAUAUAUCAAUUACAUUGAGAUGAAUUCAUUCGGUGCAUAAUUUUGA